CGACCACGCGCAUAGGCGGAGUCUCGCCUGUGCGCGUGACACCAUUGCCAUCCGGCUGUGUCCACGGGAGGAUGAAGAUGACGACUGCAGCGGACAUGACGGGGUCGCGCCUCUUCAUCUUCAUCACACUGAUCGUGUUCCAGCCGUCUUUCACAAUGACUUCACCACAUCCUCAGGAACAACAUCAAAGACCACUUCAGGACUUAGUCUCACUCAGAUCCCAGCUGGUCCAAAGGAGUCCAGAACAGAUCCAGCAGAAAUCUGGGACCAAGGAGGACAGCCGGCAGGAUCCACCGGACCCAGAGGGGAACUGGACACGUCCAUCGGACCUUAUGACCCCCCAAGUAGUCGCCACCGAGGAAUCUUCCAUGGAGGCUUCUGGCGUCUUUGGAUUGGACGCAGACGAGCGAGACGGAGGUGAGGAGGGCAGAUUGGCCCGAGAUAGAAGAGACGAGUGGACAGACUUCCAUCCCAUCUUCAAGAGGACAAGCGCUACACUGGACCUGGACACCAUGAUUGGCUACAGUCCUUCCUCACCCGCCCUCGAUGCUGGGCCUCGGCAGCACCGUGAGCAGUUAUGGGAGGCAGAUUCUCACUCCAGCGGUUUUGGUGCCCUCCGCACCUCCACGUCCUCUGGCAUCGCCACGGCAACGCCUCCCCCCGAGUCUGACACAGGCACAGACUUGGGACUAUUGGGGGUCAAAGGCGAGGACGAAAGACGCCUCAACGUCCCCGUGAACCAUGUCGACAAAGACGAAGACGGCAGGAAACAGACAAGGAGACCUCCCACCCAUGUUUCGCCCAGCGGACACUUGGCUGGGGCCACCUGGGACUGGCUGGCCACACCCCCUCAGCAAGCACAGGUAACAUGUGUGGACUGGACGCAACCUGCUGGACAGGGCUACGUCAUCCUUAACAUGACACACAACCUCAACUGUGAGGAGUUCCGUGUGGAUGGCGGUGUGCUCCUCCUGAAGACGAUAGAGCGCCUGUUUGCCCGCAGGAUGAAGAGCCCAGAAGGAUCAUGGCGACUUUAUCUGAGCAAGCCGACACACGAACAACGGCAGAUGCUCAUGCACGUGGCAUCUGAGCAAGGAGUGAUCUCCACCAAAGACCUUCUGAGCAUGCUGACAGAAAUGAGGAUAAGUUUGAACAAGGUGGGCGUCCAGGGCUACGGCAAGCCCAGCCCAUGUCCGCCUCGGCCGAGUCAGACGCGCAGCGACUACAGCAAACUCUUCGUGGUCCUGGUCAUCAUCGGCUCGGUCUGCAUGGUCAUCAUCGCGUCAGGCUUCAUUUACAUCUGCUGGCAGAGGCGCCCGCCCGUCACCAAGAGCACGUUCCGCGCCGAGGAGAUGCACUUCGUGGAGAACGGUUGCCACGACAACCCAACACUGGACGUGGCCGGCGAUAGCCGGCCUGUGACGCGGGAGAAGACAAGCGCCAACGGGCUGGCGGCUGCGGGCGAAGGGGGCGGAGACGAGAGCAGUCGCUGGCAGGUGUUUGUCAAUCAAGCAGUGGCGGAAGAGGAGGAGGAAGAGCAGGACACACACCUCUGACGGCAUCAUCACAAGGACUUCAUCGCUUUGAUGUCGAAGUCGGAUGGAAAUAAAGCACUUUAACGCUACUUGUACUACAAACGUUCAUGUAUUUCAGUGCUACCGUUAGCUUAGCACGCGGCCUUAUACGUAUGUGUGUGUUAGCGGUGUGCUACGCUAACUCGCAGUAAUGUAUGUGAAACAGUUAAACACGAGUAGGGAAAUAUGAAUUUUGCGUCAACCAACCGAGAUAUGAUAUACAAUACAAGAUGGACAUUAUUUAUGGUUAUUUAUUUAUUUUUUAAAUGCUGUCGUUUCUACGUGGGAGUUAAGGCUUGAAGAAGAAUGUAAAAGGGCUUGAAGCAGAAAUAUGCAUGACAACAAAGCUAAUUAGACUACAAACUAAUACAGGACUGAAAAUACCGUAUUUCCUUGAAUUGCCGCAGGGCAUAUAGUAUGCGCCUGCCUUGAAUUACUGCCGGGUCAAACUCGCUUCCCAACAUAAUUAGCGCAUGCUUAGUAUUACCCCCUGGUCAAACUCGUGACGUCACGAGUGACACUUCCCCUGUCAUCAUUUUCAAAAUGGAGGAGGCUGAUUUCAAUACUGGUAAUUUGAAAUUGCAUAAAGGGAAGAAGUUUAAGAGCUAUUCAGUAGGGUUUAAGGUCCAAGCUUACACCACACUCAAAUUUUUACUGCAUACCUUUGGUAAAUACCGGAGUGAUAAGAGGUUUUAAAAUAAUUGGCGCAUGCUUACUUUUACUGCAUGCCUUUGGUAAGCGCAGCAGUGAGAAGAGGUUUUAAAUUAAUUAGCGCCCCGGCGGCAAUUCAAGGAAAUAGGGUAGUCUUUUAGAGCCGUGGUCCCCAACCACCGGGCCACAGAAUAUUUUUUUAUUAAAUUUAAUUUUUUUUAAAUUUAAAUUAAUUUUUUUAUUUUUUUAUUAAAAUCAACACAAAAAACACAAGAUACACUUACAAUUAGUGCACCAACCCAAAAAAACCUCCCCCUUUCAUGACAAAAACCUCCCUUUUUCAUGACAAAGAAAAAAAUAUGACAUGCAAAGACAUGCACCUGAGGAUAGGUUGAUUAGCAACACUAAAUUGGCCCUAGUGUGCGAAUGUGAGUGUGAAUGUUGUCGGUCUAGCUGUGUUGGCCCUGCGAUGAGGUGGCGACUUGUCCAGGGUGUAACCCGCCUUCCGCCCGAUUGUAGCUGAGAUAGGCGCCAGCGCCCCCCGCGACCCCAACAGGGAAUAAGCGGUAGAAAAUGGAUGGAUGGAUGAAAUAAGGCUGUAACAUAACAUGUGAAAAAAGUGAAGCUUUGGGAUUACUUUCCGGAUUUUCUGGACUACAUUUACACUGCAGGCCAAUGUGGCCCAAAUUGAAUUUUUGGAUGGAUGGAAGGAUGGGCCGCGGGACAAAUUAUCAAGCGUUGACCGGUCCGCAGCUACAAAAAGGUUGGGGACCACAGUUUUAGAGGCCUCUUCAUCCUAAAGGUCAUUGUUGUCAAUGCUGUCCAGUACAACAAGGAGCAUGUUGCUGCAACAAAUAAACACAAUAACGUCAAUAAAUGUUAAUUUAUUGAUUGUUUGGUAGCUCCCUUAAUGCACGUCGAACAUGUAUGCAGUGUGGCUCAUUUGUUUACUUGGCAAUCAUUAAAAAGUGCGGAAUAAAAUAAAAUG